GUGGCAGCGCAGGGACGUGCACUUAAGGUGGCCAUCUUGGAGGCGGGCGCGCGCGCGGCGAGCUUUUCCCUGCGUCUUGCUCGUCUUCUCGUAGUCGUAGUCCUACAGCUCAGCCUCCCUAGUCCCCGCUUUUCACUGCCCCGCAGACAGUCUCUCCGGCCCGCAGUUCCGGGACCGACUCCGGCGCCCCGGGUUGUUGGGCUCCACCUUCCACCGCGCUGGCCGGAGGGGAGAGAACGAGGAAGGAGCCCAUUGACCUUAGCUCGGCCCAGCCCGGCCUGGAGACGUGGCAGAGCUUGCGGGGAGGCCGCUACCGCCUGGGAGACUCCUGGGUCAACAAAAGGGGACGGUUUUACUGUAAUUGAAGAAAAAUGAUGGAAGAGAGUGGAAUAGAGACAACACCACCUGGGACUCCUCCACCAAGUUCAGCAGGACUGGCUGUCGCUGCCACAGCGGCACAGCCGUCUUCCCCCCCAGCUCCUUUAGCUGCAGCCAGCACUUUCUCUUCUCCAAGCGUGUCCUCUGUGCCGCCCCUACCGCCACACGCGUACUCCACCCCUCAGCAGUCUCUGCCUCCCAUGAAGCCUUCGCCACCCUUGCCCUUUGUGCCUCCUUCACCGGUCCCUUCUGGUCCCCCACUCAUUACCUCUUUACCACCUCAUGCUUCUCCACCAAGUGCUGGUGCCUUCAGUAACCCUCCUUUAUCCCACUUCCCGCCUUCCACCUGUGCCCCAGACGCUCCCUUACCUGCCCCUGCUUCGGGUCCUCCCACCUCGGGAUUCUCUGUCGGCUCAGCCUAUGACAUAACACGAGGACAUGCAGGAAGAGCUCCCCAGACACCCCUGAUGCCGUCUUUUUCCGCACCUCCGGUGACAGGUAUUUUGCCAACUCCCAUUACUCAGCAAGCUGGUUUGACAUCUCUGGCACAGGGAACUGGAACCACAUCAGCCAUAACUUUUCCAGAGGAGCAAGAAGAUCCUAGAAUUGGUAGAGGGCAGGAUGAAGCAUCAGCUGGUGGACUCUGGGGUUUUAUUAAGGGUGUGGCUGGGAACCCUAUGGUGAAAUCUGUGCUUGAUAAAACGAAACAUUCAGUAGAAAGCAUGAUUACAACGCUGGACCCUGGCAUGGCUCCAUAUAUCAAAUCUGGAGGUGAACUGGACAUUGUAGUGACCUCAAAUAAAGAAGUAAAAGUUGCUGCUGUCCGAGAUGCCUUCCAGGAGGUCUUUGGCUUAGCUGUGGUGAUAGGGGAAGCUGGACAGUCCAGCAUUGCCCCACAACCAGUGGGCUAUGCAGCUGGAUUAAAAGGUGCCCAGGAACGGAUAGAUAGCUUGCGUCGAACUGGAGUGAUCCAUGAAAAACAGACUGCUGUGUCAGUAGAAAACUUCAUUGCAGAAUUGCUUCCUGACAAAUGGUUUGACAUUGGCUGUCUGAUAGUUGAAGACCCUGUGCAUGGUAUUCAUCUAGAAGCAUUUACUCAAGCCACACCAGUACCCUUGGAAUUUGUACAACAGGCUCAAAGUCUAACUCCCCAGGACUACAGUCUGAGGUGGUCGGGCCUUUUGGUGACAGUGGGCGAAGUCCUGGAGAAGAGCUUACUCAAUGUCAGCCGGACUGAUUGGCAUGUGACUUUCACUGGCAUGUCUCGUCGGCAGAUGAUCUACAGUGCAGCCAAAGCAGUAGCAGGCAUGUAUAAACAGCGCCUGUCCCCUAGGACCAUGUGAGAAGGCUGGCCUGGGAUACUGACAGUUGCUAACUUUGAGCUGCUGGUGGAGAAGAGACAGUCCCUUCUUAAACUGGACAACUUCAGUCAGUCCAGCUGUUUUAAUCAUUUUCCUGUAGGCUGCAGUUUUUUUCUUAGAAAGGUGUGGUGUCAUUCCAGUAGAUGAAAAUAAACAUCCUUUUUCUGAUUAUAUAAUUGCAUGUACCAUAGUUCUCAAAAAAUAUAUAAAUAUUUUUAUAGGACAGUUUGAUACACCAAAUUUAUAAGGUGCAAAUUCAUGUGCUAAGAUAUUUAACUUAAUGAUAUGUACUUGAUUAUUUUGUUUUUUAAGAAAUAGUUGACUAAAGAACAUGUUUACCGAACACUGUUUAAAAGCAUUGUUUCUUUUAAUUCAUGAUUAAUCUCUUCCCUGUCCGUCUUGGAAGCUUUCCGUGUGUCCAUGUGAUCGCAGGUCCGAUGCUAAGACAUGUGCUCAACAAGAGACUCUAAGACACCUACUUGUAGGGAGAUGGUGCACUUGUCUAUGCUU